AGGUCUGAACAUCGGAGCCCACAACAGGCCUAGGGCCCUGUUCAAUUCCUCAUCAUCAUCCUCGUAUAGUUCCAGCAUACUCCCUAAUUCCUCUGCAACAGAUUCUUUGACUCGAAAAUGUCGGAAACUGUGAGCUUGUCUCUAUCUGUAAGAUCUUUGAGGCCACGAAGCUUUUCAGUUGACUGUUCUACAGUCGUACCUCCUAUAAGAGCCUCGUUUUCAACCUGGACAACAGAUUCUUUCCCGAAAAAAUCCCUGCGUUUUCCCGGGAAAAUUUCCGUGAUUGGCGUGAACCCGAGGGUCCUCAACGCUGGCACCGAUGAAGGGUCCUGGCUGGAGUUGGAUGACUCGCCUGUGUCUGUCGAGCUCCAGCCCAUUUGCAGCGAAGCCCAGUUAGAUCAGGUCAUUGCUGAGGCACAGCAGCUUGACGAACCAGUAGUCGUGCUUUGGAUGGCAAACUGGUGCAGAAAAUGUAUAUAUUUAAAACCAAAAUUGGAAAAGUUGGCUGCUGAAUACCAUCCAAGAUUGCCGUUUUAUUGUGUUAAUGUCAACAAUGUUCCACACAAGCUCGUUGCUCGUGCUGGAGUUACUAAAAUGCCAACUAUACAGUCAUCCUUGAGUUGCUCAAGCGAGAAAUUGGAUUAGCAGCAGGUUUCUUCGGAAUAGCUCAUUUAUUGAACAAUCUCGAGAUUUAAUGGGUGGAUUUAUAGCAUAAGUUCAGUUUGAUGACAGCCCUAACUAUGAGUUCUUUCUCAUGGAUAAGUAUAUCUUUCACUUAAUUUGGCAGCUGUGGAAAGAUGGCAAGAAACAGGCUGAGGUGAUCGGAGGCCACAAAGCACAUUUAGUCGUUAACGAGGUCCGACAAAUGAUUGAGAACGAGUCUACCAUGUAAGAAAGAUUUCCGAGUUUUCAUCUUUUUUCAAUCAUCUUCUUUCAUUUUCACUAACUCGGAAGAAAAUUUUACCUUAUCAAGUUACAUCAGUAAAAUUCCUACUGAAGUCGAUUUUCAAAGUCAUACUCCUAUAUGAAUAUCAUCGGGAGUCUAUAGAAAGAAUAAAAAUUUUCUUUUUCUUUUGUUCCUUACUAAUUUAUAUACGAAGUUAUUUGUGUAUUGUAUUAGAUCAGUUGUAUCAGUUUCGUACUUUUUGUCGAAAAUCUAAACGCAUAUGAAGAUGAAUACUUGUGCAUAUAAGAACAUAUACAAUUUACUAAUGAAAUGGUUUCAAUCAAGGAUUUUGGAUUGACGAGUGAAGCCAAUUCAACGAGUUCUGAUGAA